AUGAGAGAGGAAAGAGAAUUUCAGAAUCUCAGAAUCUCAGAAUCUCAGAAUAUGAGAAUCUCAGAAUCUCAGAAUUUCAGAAUCUCAGAAUCUCAAAAUCUCAGAAUCUCAGAAUCUCAAAAUCCCAGGAUCUCAGAAUCUCAGAAUCUCAGAAUUCAAAAUCUCAGAAUCUCAGAAUCUCAGAAUCUCAGAAUCUCAGAAUCUCAGAAUCUCAAAAUCUCAGAAUCUCAGAAUUUCAGAAUCUCAGAAUAUGAGAAUCUCAGAAUCUCAGAAUCUCAGAAUCUUAGAAUCUCAGAAUCUCAGAAUCUCAGAAUAUGA